AUGUCAGGAGAUCAGCACGUUGAUCACUCUACUCAAGAGAGAGGUGAUGAAGAUCACGGUGAUGUAUGUGAUGCAAAGCCAGACAGAAGUACCAGAUUCUCGCUUUUUGGAAAAAAAAAGAAGAAUGGAGAAGAAGAACAGCCAAAGUCCUCUCUCAGUAAUCAGUAUCGAAUUGUUACACCCACAUUCCAGUAUAAUAUGGACUACAAGAAAGUUGGCAAAUGUAUUAUUAUAAACAACAAAAAUUUUGAAGACAAAACAGGAAUGGGUACACGCAAUGGCACUGAUAAAGAUGCUGGAGAUCUAGCUAAGAGUUUUAGAAACUUGGGUUUUGAGGUUUACAUAUACAAUGACCGAAGUCGUGACGAUAUGGAAAAAUUACUGAAGCAAGCUGCUGAGGAGAAUCACAGUGAUGCUGCUUGUUUUGCCUGUAUCCUUCUAAGCCAUGGGGAAGAAGGCCUCAUCUAUGGCACUGAUGGACCCAUGGCUAUCAAGAGUUUGACUGCGCUAUUCAGAGGAGACAAGUGUAAAAGCCUUAUAGGCAAACCCAAAUUAUUUUUCAUUCAGGCAUGCAGAGGCUCUGAAUUUGAUGAAGGUAUACAAACUGACUCUGGACCUGCAAAUGACACUCUGGAAACAGAUGCCAAUCCAAGAUACAAAAUCCCAGUAGAAGCAGAUUUCCUGUUUGCAUAUUCCACGGUGCCAGGUUAUUACUCCUGGAGGAAUCCUGGAAGAGGCUCCUGGUUUGUGCAGUCUUUGUGCUCUGUGCUAAAUGAGCAUGGAAAACAACUUGAGAUCAUGCAGAUCCUCACACGGGUCAACUAUGUGGUUGCCACAAAUUUUGAAUCACAGUCCGAUGAUCCACGCUUCAGUGAGAAGAAGCAGAUACCCUGCGUGGUCUCUAUGCUCACUAAGGAACUUUACUUCUGAAAGUGUAUUUUAAUGCAGCCAGUGAUGAAAGAUCAGGAUAUGGUUUUGGGUGGAGAUUUUAUUAUUAACUGGAGUAACACAUUUUUAAUAAGAGAAAUAUAAUUACACUAGGUUUUUAUAU